UUCUUUCUCUCUCUCCUCUUCAGCUCUUCACUGAUUCACUGAUCGAGGCAGCGCAGCGCCAGAAGUGAAGCCGAGCAGAGCUGGAAUAAAACGACAGAAGGGACAUUGUUCAGACCCAAUGAGUAAACAAAUCCAAUGAGUAAAAGUGCAUUGUUUGUUGAACUCCUCGCGGGGCUCCUUCUCAUUGCGACAGGUGUACAUGCCUCCUGUCCCAUUGAGUUGAGCCCCGCCAGCGUUGUAGUCAAAUAUGGAGACCCAGUCUUGGUAAACUGCAGCGUAUCUAUGCAGCACAUCCAUGAUCUUCAAGGAAUAGGCUGGGAGGCUUCACGAGGAGGCACAGGCCUGGAGAACGUCACCCAUUUGCCCUGGAAUGUGACGAGUCUGACAGAAUGGAUCAACUCUCCCAUUUGCUUCGUCAGCUCAGAAUCAUUUGACCAGUGCUACAAGGAGCUACAACUUGUUGUUUACACAUUUCCAGAAACGAUCACCAUCAGCAGUGAUCACAGUGGUGAGAUGAAAGAAGGGGAAGAAUAUGUUUUUACAUGUCACAUCCCCAAUAUAGCACCAGUUCAAAAUCUCACUGUAAGCUGGUACAAAGGAGAUGCAAUCAUCCAUUAUGACACUUUUAACAAUACCAGUAAGAGGCCAGUGAAUGCAACAUCUGUCCUGAGGUUUACACCGACCAGACAAGACAACGGUGCCUCGUUGAGAUGUGAGGCAUAUAUGGAUCUGAGCCCUGAAGGGCCACAAAUGAAUGUAUCCUCACAAGAGCAGAGCACUGCAGUUGUCUAUGGACCAGAUAUACAGUGCUCUAACUCUACCAUUAAGAUACUGGAAGGGCAAACUUUGGAGGAGGCUUGUCCUGUGACAGGAAACCCAACCCCUCACGUCAGAUGGCUGAAAGGUGGCGAGCCCGUGAACUUGACUGUCCCUCUGACAAGGAAAAAUGCUGGGAUGUACACACUCGACGUUCAGGGAUUUUCCUCUGUCCCGAAGAAAAUCCAGGUUCUUGUUUUAUAUGGACCAGAGUUGACGUGUCCACCCACUUACACUGCGGUAGAAUAUGCUCCUCACAACCUUACCUGCAUUGUUGAGGGCUUUCCUCAACCUGAGACUCUCUGGUUCAAAGACGGUGAGGAGGUGGGACUUCCAGAGAAACUAACAAGAAGGGACGCCGGACAGUACUUCAUCACAGCUUCAAACAGUCUGUCCAGUGUCAACUUCACAGUGGAUAUCACUGUCCUAUAUCCACCAUCACCGAUAGUUGAACUUGAGGACUCUGAAGUCCACGUUGGGUCCUCUGUGUGGUUGAAGUGCUCGUCCAUGGGCAACCCACGACCAAAAUAUUCCUGGAAUUACUACCUUAUGGACAAUGUAGUGGAGGAAAACGAAGAUGGAGUGUCCCGUCUGCUCAUCCACAAUGCGACUAUAUACAACAUGGGCUCCUACACAUGUCAGGCCUGGAACGAAGGAGGAAAUGUCUCCAAAACAGUCAGAGUCAAUGUCAAAGGUGCCAAGCAGGAAUGUCCUAUCAGCAUAACUCCAGACCCGAUGGUGGUGCAAUACAACACAGCGCAGAAUGCAACGUGCAGGCCAACAGACAAAUUUUUAAAGAUAUACUGGCAGGAUCUGCAGGGUGAAAGGACUGAUAACGAAGUUUGGUCUCCUGACACCCACAAACACUGGGACGCGAGGCCUGUUUGUGCUGUGGAGUUAAAGGGAGAGAGAUUGUGCAAUAAAACUUUAAACGUCAUCCUCUACAAAACACCAGACAGUGUUGAUGUCCAGCAGUUGGGUAACUCAGUGGUGGAGAACAGAGAGCUCAAGCUACAGUGUGUCAUUCUCAAUGUUGCUCCCGUGCAAAACCUCAGCAUACGCUGGUACCAAGGAAAUGAAACCAUGAAUCCAGACUCAAUGCAAACGACUCGCUGUUGGACUGAGAGUGACCCAGACUGCAGCAUCAGUGCCAUCAGAUCCCCGGUAAACGUGUCUUCUACCAUUAGCAUCACUCUGAACCGGACUCACAGCGGAGCGGAUUUCAGAUGUGAGGCUCAGUUGGACCUGGGACCUGAGGGACCACAGCCUCCUCCAAACAUGAUGUCCAGUCCUCUCAGCGUCACUGUCUCCUAUGAACCUACCAUUAAUACCACGAAGCUGCCGAAGACAAUCCCAGUGUUCAGAGGUUAUCCUGAGGAGCUAAUUUGUGAAGCUGACGGCCACCCGCCUCCAAAGAUCAAGUGGCUCUACAACUUAGACAAGGCGCCUCAUGAGCUUGAAGGCAAACUCAUUGUGUCUGAGGCCGGCUUCUACAACUGCACCGCUACCAAUGAUGUGAAUUCCACAGUGCAUUCGGUCGAAGUGAUUUUGAAAGAGGACUACCUACCCCUCAUCGCUGGAUUUGUGGCUGUCACCGUCGUGGCCAUCUCUAUCGUCUUCCUCUUCAUCUACUCCAUCUACUAUAAGAACACCAAGAUGCGCCGCUACAGUCUCAAAAACGCCAAACUCAGCACUCACCAUGGCAACGUGGCUCACAACGGCUGGGACCUGCAGCUGCCUAUGACUAAACUGUCUUAGCAGUACGUCUGUCGAUAGAACUGACCACUCUGCAUCUCCACCGCCUGGAUCUGCAGCGUUUUAAAGCCUGAAUAGCGCUCAGAGAGCAGGCUGACACUGGACAGUUAUGAAAUCUCUUCUGUUCCUUCAUAUGUCACACACCCAGUUACACUCACAUCUGUUUUCCCGUUUAUAAUAGUGUUUCGUCCUUUAAGGAGUAAUAUAGUUAUGCAAUGGAGCAACCUCGACUUGAGACGUACAGUUCUUUAUGUACUACUGGACUUUACCAGUUUUCACUGGAUAGAAAGAAGGAGCAAGGAAUUUGACUUGCAAGAGAAGUUUUUGUAUUUUUCAUGAGCACAAAGGGAAUCUAAUGUGAUUAUUAUUGUUGUUUUUGUCAUCUUUGUUUCACUAAUGUUUGAUUAUUUUUAUAUAAAAUUCUGCCCCCUUAUGAUGUAUUUCAAGUCAGCUCUCUGUUUGUAGUUCUGUUACAAAUUCAAUGUGAUUUUAGCACUUAAGAUAUUGUAAACCUGAGACUGCUGUGGUUUUAUUUCUCAUACUAACCGGUAAUGCGGCGCCUUCCAAGUUUGUAUCUUGAAAGGUGUGACAUGGAACGUGUGAAAACUGGACCAGCUUUGCAGAAUCUGUCUUGUUUAUACCAUUUAUUGAGCCCACUGUCCUGUCGCUACACUUUGUAAGCCACUCUGCAUUUGUUUAUGAGUUUGUAUCCUUCUCUGUGCCUGGCCCCUUUGUAGUGCCGUACUGUGUCAGGCUCAGGCCUUAUGGGACAAAUUGUCCUAUUCCACACUUGUGUGCUUUUGUAUGAGUGACUGCAGGCGUUAUAGCCUACUGCCUAUCUGAACUGUAUAUUCUGAGUAAUAUGUUGUGUAAAUGCAAAUCUUUCUAUUUAUUUAUGAAGAAAAAACAGUAACGAUUGAACAAUUUAGUAUUGUAAAUGGACUGCACACAAGUAAGUAAACAUUGGAAAUGAUGGAAGACUUAUUUGGAAUUCACCUGCAAAAUGAAGGACAUUGUAAUGCAUUUGUGAAUACUGCUGUAAAUAUUUGUGACUGGUGUAAAAGUGUAUUUUAUUAUUAAAAAAUGUGGCUUUUCAAACAAAUUGAUGUGUUAUUAAAUACACUCUAAUGUGGUUAAAA